CCCUAGGUGGCGAUAGAACAGACUCCAGAAAGGUGUCGAAACAGCGCGUCAUCAACGUUGGGGAAGUAUGUGUUGUCAUGGGUUUGUCUGACUGGUCUGACACUUUGUCUGACUGUCAAGUGACAAGCAUAGGGACUUCUGAUGUUUACUCCCAAGAGUGCAUUUAAUCGUCGUAGUCGAACGAGUGAAUUCAUUGCUAUGUUUUUCAAACGAGAGCCAUGGUAAUCAUCAACUCCCUGCUCAAGCUCCUGCAGAGACAGACGUACACAUGUCUGUCCCACCGCUAUGGACUGUACAUCUGCUUCGGUGGGCUUGUUCUCAUGAUUGUUUCCGCCUUCCAGUUCGGAGAGGUGUUGGUGGAAUGGAGUCGGGAUCAAUACCAUGUGUUGUUUGACUCCUAUCGAGAUAACAUUGGAGGGAAAUCUUACCAAAGCAGGCUAUGCCUACCAAUGCCAAUCGAUGUGGUUUACACGUGGGUGAAUGGCACCGAUAUAGCACUUCUGAAGCAGCUGAAAACAGUCAGGGAACAGUUGGAGAAGGAGCAGCGAGCUAUCAGGGAACGUUUGGGGAAAAAUGCAAGUGUAACAACGGAGGUGCCAAAUAACCGUGCCAAACAAGAAUGCCUGCUCACACACUGCAUCGUAGCGCCCAUGCUGGCCCUCGACCCGGCCCUGCCCGCCAACGUCACGGUGAAGGACCUGCCGUCGCUCCUGUCGCCCUCCUUCUCCACGGCCAAGGAGCUCAUGCUGGUCACCCAGCCCUUCCCACCGUCCACCACUGUCUCCGUGCUCAUCUUCCACUCCCAGGCUGAAGCGGAUAAAGCCUAUAAAGACACAUCUGGCGAAGACCUGAAGCACUCCAUAUCCAGAUGUUACCUUACAGCAGACCGCGAGGCCCCCGGGCUGGUCAGCAUGCAGAGCCUGGCCUACCUGAGUGGCUUCCCCUCCACCUUUAAGGACACGGAGCAGCUCCGGGCCAAGCUGCCCUCCGUCAUCACCAGCAAAAUCAAAGAAUUUGAGCUGUACUCCGAGGCCAGCAUCGCCCUGCUCCACCUCAACGGGCCCCAGGACUUCAGUGACCUGAGCCAGCAGGCCCGCAAGAACCUGACCCUGGACGGGAAGGAGCUCACCAUCGGGCCCGCCUACCUGUUCUGGGACCUCACCGCCAUCUCUCAGUCCAAACGGGACGAGGACGUGUCGGCAAGCCGGUUUGAGGACAACGAGGAGCUCCGCUAUUCGCUGCGCUCGGUGGAGAAACACGCCCCCUGGGUGCGUCACAUCUUUGUGGUGACCAAUGGGCAGAUCCCAUCGUGGCUCAACCUGGACAACUCCAGGAUCACUGUGGUCGCUCACCAGGACAUCUUCCAGAACCAGAGCCACCUGCCCACCUUCAGCUCCCCGGCCAUCGAGACCCACAUCCACCGCAUCCCCGGCCUCUCCCAGAAGUUCAUCUACCUCAACGACGACGUCAUGUUCGGCAAGGACGUGUGGCCGGACGACUUCUACAGCCACUCCAAAGGACAGAAGGUCUACCUCACCUGGCCCGUGCCCAACUGUGCCGAGGGCUGUCCUGGGUCCUGGAUCAAAGACGGCUACUGCGACAAGGCCUGCAACAACUCGGCCUGCGACUGGGACGGGGGAGACUGCCUGGGUACCGGGGGCAACAGCCGGUUCGCGGGCGUGGCCGGGCUGGGCGCGGCGGGCGGGGCCGGGGCUCAGCCCUGGCAGUUUGCCGGCGGCCUGGGCGCCGUGUCCUACUGCAACCAGGGCUGCGCCAACUCCUGGCUGGCGGACAAGUUCUGCGACCAGGCCUGCAACGUGCUCGCCUGCGGCUUCGACGUGGGGGACUGCGGCAAAGACCGCUUCGACCAGAUGCACCGGGUGGCCCUGCGGCGCAACCAGAGCCUCUACACCGUGCCGCGCGGCGAGCUGCGGCCCUACCUCAGCUUCGAGGGCGUGGCACGGCGCGUGUCCGAGGCCACGGUGGGCGAGCACGCCGUGGUGCGCCACACCUCGGUGGCCAACAAGUGGAAGACGCUGCACCUGCUGCUGCUGCCCGGCCACAACGCCACGCGCGUCCACUACAACCUCACCUGCCAGGGCGGCGACGACGACGCCCCCUUCACCCUGCGCUUCAGCGUCGCCGUGGACACCCGGGAGCUGCCGCCGCCCCCGCCGAAGUCCAACGCCUCCCAGCCCCUGGUGGAGGGGGGAGGCGGGGGAGGGGGGCCGGCGGUGGACGGAGGCGAGGACCCCAAACCCACGGCCGACCCGGAGACGCCGUUGCCCUUCCCGGACGUCCCGGAGGACCGGAGGGGUCCUCGCGUGCGGACGGCGGCCCCCGGGGAGACGCGGGCGGCCGUGGAGGUGCCCGACGUGGACGGGGCGGCUCUGCCCGAGGGGGUCCGCGGGGAGCUGAGGCGGCUGGAGGAGAAGCUGCAGGGGGGGGACAUCACGCUGAAGGGGUAUAAUCUGACCAAGGCCGCCCUGCUGGGGCCCUACCACGCCCAGGGGGAUGGGGGGGCAAGGGGGGGCAACGCCUCGAAGGUACCGGAGGAAUCGACCAGGGGUGCCGUCGGGGACCAGCCCGUCGGGGACCAGCCCGUCGGGGACCAGCCCGUCGGGGACGCUGAGAGGGUCCCGCCGUCGCCGGCCAGACUGCGGGUGGAGAAGGGGGACUCGCCGGGGAGGCCCCAGUCCACCUCCAAGCUGCUGGGCACGUUGGUGGGGGCCCUGCCCAAAGCCAAGGCCCCGGAGCCCCGCCCGGAGGAGGCCGGAGGCGCAGGCUCAGAAAGGGCCCCCGCGGGCAGGAAGCUCCAGCAGUACAACGCCCCCGCGGACCCCGGCUUCCUGCCCUGGGAGAGGAGCAAGAGCUUCAGCGUGCUCCUCCAGGAGGGGGAGCGGUUGCGGCGGGAGCUGGCGUACCGGGCGGACGGCGGCGCCGCGGGCCGCCGGCUCCAGGACACGUUCGCCGACUCGCUGCGCCACGUCAACCGGCUGCUCAACGGGCAGUUCGGCUUCACCUCCCGCAAGGUCCCCGCCCACAUGCCCCACAUGAUCGACCGGCUCGUCAUGCAGGAGCUGCAGGACACGUUCCCGCUGGACUUCGACCGGACGUCGGAGCACCGCGUGCGCCACUCGGAGGACAUGCAGUUCGCCUUCUCCUACUUCUACUUCCUGAUGAGCGCGCUGCGGCAGCUGGACGUGGCGCGCGUCUUCCAGGAGAUCGACACGGACCGCUCCGGCGUGCUGUCGGACCGCGAGAUCCGGACCCUCGCCACACGGGUCCACGAGCUGCCCCUCAGCCUGCAGGAUCUGACCAGCCUGGAGCAGAUGUUGAUCAACUGCUCCAAGACACUACCCAGCAACCUGACCCAGCUGGACGCUGUCAGCCCCUCCCAGGAGUCCUACUACGACCCCAGCAUGCCCCCCGUGACCAAAGGCCUCGUGCUGCACUGUAAGCCCAUCACAGAGCUCAUUCACAAGGCCUUCAAGGACCAGAACAAAUACAAGUUUGAGAUCAUGGGGGAGGAGGAGAUCGCCUUCAAGAUGGUGCGCACCAACGUGUCCCACGUGGUGGGGCAGCUGGACGACAUCAGGAAGAACCCCAGGAAGUUCAUCUGUCUGAACGACAACAUCGACCACGGCCACAAGGACGCGUCCACUGUGAAGGCGGUACUCCGGGACUUCUACGAGUCCAUGUUCCCCCUGGCGUCGCAGUUCGAGCUGCCCAGGGAGUUCCGCAACAGGUUCCUGCACAUGGACGAGCUCCAGGAAUGGCGUGUUUACCGGGACAAGCUGAAAUUCUGGACCCACUGUGUGCUGGUGACCCUUGUCGUGUUCACCGUCCUGUCCUUCUUCGCCGAGCAGUUGAUCCAGCUGAAGCGCAGGCUGUUUCCCAGACGCCGGGUCAGCCAGGAGAACAACUCUGAGCGGGUGUGAACGAAAGGAAGGUCCUUGCCCUUAGCUUCCCUCCGUGCUUGGCUGUCACCACUACACCUUCUCCCGGACUCCCUGCAAAGCCUUGCCCGCCCUCCCUCCCUCCCUCACCCCUCCAUGAGGUGAGAAACAUGGGUGAAUGAGCGUGAGGUAAGCGGUGUGUGACCAACGCGAGGAGAAAACAAGCAAAGAAGAACCACCACGACGUCGCUACGUCUCGUCCCGUUAUAUGUCAUCCCCCGACGGCGCUUGAACAAACGAAACAUGUCCGGAGAUGACGGUUGAGUUGAACACUUUAACGCUGCCGUCACCGCAGUCCCUCCAACUGUUGUGGAGCCAGCGUCCCCCGUCUCUAUCCCCCCCCCCCCACACGCUAACGCACAAACACACGUACACUCAAACUCGCGCCAAACACACGCACACAUACACACACAAACGGACACACAGACGCACACACUGCCCCGAUGGUGUCACCAAUGUCAACCCCACUCUCUGGUCCUCCAUCCUCCCUCGGCGUGUGAGUGAUGACCUGCUGAGGUGUGAGACACCAGAGCCGACCAACGGGUCAGCUGGGAGGUCCUGUGAAGUGGACCCAAGUUUACAGUCUUAACCGCUAGCCUUGUGACAGACAUUUCCUAGCCUGGACCUGAUGAGAUAAUAAUUAUAAUAAUAACGACGAUGAUGAUAACGACGACGAUAGUACUAGCGAAUACAAUAGGGUUCCUACUGAUUUCGUAGGUGUCCCGAAUUAAUGGGAGUCAUGACGAUGGAAACAAUUGCCACGCUUCUUUGUUUGUCUUGUUUACCUGCUGUUGAGAAUCAAAAGAAUCGACAAACUAAAACUUGAAGUGCCUUUCCUGACAGGUGUGUAGAAUACUUAAAUCGUUCCCACAAUGCAUCUGCUGCUUGUCGGUUGAUCCGUCGUUUCGCGCCGUCUUUCAGAAUACGUAGACGUCCUCUUUGAUACGUGGUCCCGUCCCCAACGCGGUCACCCCAGGGGGACCCGCCUGACCGAGGCUUCUGAUUGGUUGUUUUGUGUUGAAUGAAGAAGUGUGAGUGUUAAGCCCCAUGUGAUUGGACAACCGCCGGUAUGUGUCCCUGUGGGACCCAAUAGGCUCUGCUUGUGUCUGAAAUUCAGACCCUUCCCUGACACUCCUCCACCAAUCCACCUCUUUGCAUGCUUUCUAGAUGUGUUUUUUUUAUUUGAUUCAUACCGUUAAUUAAUUUAAAGGGUAGGAAUCCCCCUCUCCAUCACUUUUAUUUUUCUACUCUAACCAUUUCAGGUUGGGUCUCGCAUAGUGUUGUUGAAAAGGUUUAAAAAAAAAAAAACUGCCAAGUGUUUUCGGUAAAAAAAUUGAGCGAGUAAUGUACGUUCUGAUGUUUUACUGCGGCCCUUCGAAACAAGCUGCAUACAUCUUUUGUAAUACCUUCACCCAUGUUUUCUUCUUCCUCUGACAACCUUGUUUGUCUCCUGUGCUCAAGGAAGUACUCCACACUGGGUUUUCCUGCCCUUUUUUUAACAAUCGUCUUUAAAUCUAUGUGAAAAUUGCGUCAACUUAAAUGCCAUGGGCAGCAGGUUGAGUGUUUAUCUGCAGCCCUGACGAUCGACUCCAUCCUUAGGAUACGACAGAAGUUUGUUUUACAUGUUGACUCCUAAUACAACCGACUACCCCAUAGGAUCUGAAAUGUUUUCCGCUGCGUGAUAACCCUAGUUUACACGCAUGCACACUGAGUAACAUAUUUAUAAACCGGCAGAUUUCGUUCGUUGGAUGUGUGCCCGAGUCUCCAUGACUGCAAUAAAAUGAUUUUGGUUCACUUUGUGUUCUUGGGUUUGUUGUGGUUGAAUCAAAAGACGGCACAUCGUGAUUGAAAAGGAUUUCUUUAUUACAAUGUUUUCUCACACUUAUUAGAAAGGCUUUCCCCUUGGAUGUUAGACGGCUCAACAGAAGAGACGAGGCGUACCUUUCAAUGCAUAGUUCCACAGUCCAUCAGGGCUAAUAAAAAUAAUAAUCUUUGAUAAGACGAUGUGAAUCAUCAAACUUUUAGAGAGGAACUAUAUGGACUUUUCCUGAAGGAAUAAAAUCAGAACGGGAGAGGGAUGGAUCAGCGUCUAAACCGUAGCAAAAAUCCCUUUUUGAAUCCUAGUGGACCUGAAAUCACAACCAAUUUAAUCCCAAAUCAAGACUAUGACAUCCCUCCCCAUUUACACCAUCAUCCAUCGAUUAUUAUAAAAAUGUUAACGAUCAAAUAAUAGUUGUUUUUUUAAGUACCAAAUGCUGUACAUUUAACCUAUACAAGGUACACAUUUGUACAAGGGAGCGGAUAUAAGUCGUGGUGUGAGGAGAAAACGAGAACAUUAGCACUGUGUGUGUUUUUGUAAAUAGUGUUGGUUGCAUCUUGCAUAAUAC